AUGCGUCUCGCAGGUUCACUAGCUUGCUUGGCUGAGGAGACCAAGACUGAAGGGACGUGGAUGGACGUCAAGCCUCAAGAUCUGACCAAGGAAGUACGGCUACAGCUCGUAGGCCAUGGUGGGUCCAACGUCAAGCUCGGUAUUGGCAGGAAGAUCCAGGCACAGUCGCAAGGUGGAGUGGCGCGUCCUCUCUUGUUCCCCAUCUUGUUGCGACCGUUGCGAGGCACCAUGUGUCUUGACCCCAAUUGCGAGGCUCAAACUGCGCUGCAUUACAUGUGGAAUGUGCAGCAGUACCUGUCGGGCGCGCAAAAAGAGCUGGUUUUCAUAUAUAAUGAGCGUUUCCGUAUAGACGAAGAACAUCGGGACAUUUUCCGUCUGCCCAUUGGGCUUCCGGCUCACGAUGUCAGCGGAGAGUGGCGAAGCAGAUAUUAUCGUGCCCUGAGUCUGGUGACUCGAAUGCACCAUCUUGAUCAGCGCGAGCGUGUGUUGCGAGAGGGCUGCCAGAGGGCCCAUCAAGCUUUGCUGAUCCAGUUGGCCAGGUUCGGAGGGAUCGAAGAAAUCUCAGCCAUCGCAACCGAAUCGCAAAUGGGACCACAAGGGCAGCCACGAAAGCGCCGCAGAACAAGCGACGCGUAA